AUGGCUGUCCUCCACGUGUCCAGGGUAUUCUUUCCCCCAAAUAGUAUCGUUGCAAAAGCUGAGCGUGAAGUUGAGCUUCUACCAAUGGUUACAAUUAUGAAGGCUGAUGAUGAAAUUUAUGCACUCUCAACACUCGUUGAUUGGGACUCCCUCUUUAUACUUCCAAAACAUGUGGCCUUCAAGGGAGAUAAUGGCCAAUAUUUGAGCUUUUCUAGUCCAUACUUGAAGUUUUCGAACUCGGAUGUUAAAGACUCAUCAGUUGUGCAAGAGAUCUUUCCUACAAAAGAUGGUAAUAUUCGUAUAAAGAAUGACGACUCGGGUAAGUUUUGGUAUCGUGAUCCUAACUGGAUAUGCGCCACAUCGACCGUCAAGAGCGACAAUCCCAACAACUUAUUUUGGCCCGUCAAAAUCGACAACCAAAACCUGGCUCUUCGCAACUUAGGUAAUAAUCAUUUCUGCCAGAGACUGACCAUCGAGGGAAAAACGAGUUGUCUCAAUGCUGGUGCGGUUACUAUUACCAAAGAAUCGCGCAUGGAAGUGGUAGAGAUUGUAAUUUCGAGGACCAUUGAUAACGUGGAGUAUCGACUUAACGAUGCUCGAAUUUACGGUCAAAAGGUGGUGUCAAUGGCGAAAGGAACUGCUGUCAACAAAACAAAAGAAACUGACAUAGUAACUUUUCAAUUCAAGUACGAGGAAAAAAAUAAGAAAAACUGGAGUUCCUCUGUCUCGUCCAAGAUUGGUGUGAGUGUGACUACAAACUUUCAAGUUGGGGUUCCUAUGGUUGCAAAAGGGAAGAUUGAAGUUUCAGCUGAGAUGGAGACUGAAUAUGAAUGGGGAGAAACCCAUAAGAAUAAAAAUGUGAAGGAAUUUACUUACCCUGUAAUUGUUCCUCCAAUGUCAAAAGUGAAGAUUCAUGCUGUCAUAAAGCAAGGCAUGUGCCAAGUUCCUUUCUCCUACCACCGCGAACCGAUGUUCUUAGGACGGGACAACAAGUCGUUCAUCAUUUACAUGAUGGACUUCUCACUGGUGUAA